UGAAAGACUAAUGAGAUUAGAAAAAGAGUUUAGGAAGAGAUUGUUCUAGACAAUUGGUUUAAUUUUCACGCGCUUUAACGGCGGAAAAUGAGCAAAAACAGAACAAACGAGGUAGGUUCUUCAACGGGGGAAAAAACAGAACUUGUCUCAGAAAUACUGCAAAUCUCAAGGAAUAGCUUCGAUAAGGCUCUGAAGGGUACGUAGGAUGAUGCAGGGUCUGGGUGCCCGCAUCGCUCGUCGCUCACACGCCUCUCCGCUCGCUGGAGGGAUAUUCUCUCGCGGUUCUUGCACCAAAUUGUUCGUCGGAGGACUUUCUUAUGAUACUAAUGAACCUGUUCUGAAGGAUGCUUUUUGCCAAUUUGGUGAUAUAAUUGAAGUUAAGGUGAUAUGUGAUCACGUGAGUGGAAAAUCCAAAGGAUAUGGGUUUGUACAGUUCGAAUCUGAAGCUGCGGCCAGCACAGCUCUGAAUGAAAUGGACGGUAAGUCAUUGGACGGAAGGGACAUUCGUGUACACUAUGCACAGAAGAGAAAUGGCGGACUGUGAUGAUCUUUGUAUUGACAUAGGUAAGUUUCUUUAACUUCCAUACACUGCUAUUUGGCUGAUGAUGUUUUGUUUGUAAUGGACUGAAUGUUCCAUAAAACCACGCUUCAUCAAACCUGUGAAAGCAAAUUGGAUGGCUGUACAGGAAUUGUAGGUGGCCUCUUCCAUUUUCUCAUGUGUUAGCACAAUUUACCAGUGUAAAAUUUUCUUUCAAUCAAGCAAGUAAUAAUGGUCACACUCUCUCUCUCCCCGCUUCCCUUUUUCCCAAUAAACAUAUGAACAGUGAAUUUAGGCAGGAUACUUCAUAUUAGCAUAUGGCUGCUUCCUCAUGUUAUAGCAGGUUGCUUACAUCCUUUGAGUUUCUACUUUACAUUCUCGUCCUAGAUUAAUGAUAUUUGUGUCAAUUCAAAGUAUAGGGAUGCUGGGAUUGCAUGUUGAUUCUGUAAAAGCAAUUUCAAAUGCACUAUUGCUUCGGGAGCUGAUCUCAUUCAUGCUACAAUACAAGAAAUUGGUUUUCAUUUGCUGCGCACUACAAUUAAUAUAUAUACCUAUCUUUAUGUUAAAACUGUUACGUAUAUCAAACGAGAGCAGUAUUGCAUUCUUUUACUAUGGAGGUCUCAAGGGUGGCUGAGUAAAAAUGCAUUAGGUGGUGAGGCUUCUAAGACCAUCGUCGAUUGCAGGUCUUAAGGAAAAGGCUUUGGAGAUUUACUAAGUUAUUUCGUGCUUUUGAUGGCUGAUUUAAUCCAGUGUUAGAGCAAAUACUAGAGGCAUUGAUGUUUUCCAGUUUCAUAUGUUCCUCAUUCAUGGUGAUUAGGAAACAAACAUUGCAGUAAAGAAGGAAAGAUGCAGAUUCUGAGUCUGAUUACUUCGUUCUUUCUUCGUAAGCACAUUGCAGUCAUUUGUUCUUGUGGGUGGGAUUUGGGAUAAAUGAUUCAGUUUUAACAAAUCUAGUGAGAGUAGUUCCUCGUGCAUCCACCAGCUGCUCCAUUCAAGGCGGCUGGCUCUAGAAGGUUCAUAAAGCUUGACCACUUGGAACUCUCACUCGUGCUACUAUGCUGGCAUAUGCAGUCCCCCUCCUGGUUCAAGACAUCAUUUCAAUUUUAAGGAAUUGCUCCAUAGAUGCGAGGAUACAUGAAUGCGGGAGCUUCUUAUGAGGGAGAAGCACAGCAAUCUGGACUCCAAGUAUCAAUCCAAGCACUACAUUCGGGAAGCGUUCAUCCCAGGCUCAAUGAAGUAUCUUUUCUAAGUCUCUAAAUUUGAAGAAUGCAGCAACUGUGCAUGUUCACCGUCCCAGGUAGCAAGCAAGGUCUUAUUACGCACUCUAGAUUAUCUGGUGGUGCAACUCCUGCUUCUUGUUGAAGGAAAAAUUGUACUCCCAUAUAAGACAUUGUUGUUUUGGAACAAUGUCCAUGAACAGGAGCAAUGUCAUCUUGGUUAUUCUGGAGGGUUGUGAGGAUCUCUGUGUUUUGCA